UCAGGUUUUCUCCUCUUUCUUCGUCGACCCAUUUCAAUCCUCUAAAUCUAGUUUUCUUCCAAUUUGGCAGUCGAAAACUCGUAUUUUCAGCAGAUUCUAUAAUGCAAGGAGCAAUUGCAUUCAAUUCCCUGUCAUACCCAAAAUCAAUUUCUGCUAAGAAAGGAAGAAAAUUCUAUGAUUUCAAGAGCAGGGGUUUAAGCUUAUCCAUUUCUGCAGUCUCCCAAAGUGUGACAACUCCUGAAGCACAGGAUGCUUUGAAGCGUGCUCUUGCGAAGAGGGCCGUGGGACUUGUAAAAUCUGGGAUGGUGAUUGGUCUGGGGACAGGAAGCACAGCAUCCCUUGCGAUUGAAGAACUUGGAAAAUUGAUCAAACAGGGAAAGUUAAAAGAUGUCGUUGGAGUGGGAGCAAACUACCAGUCACGGGUACUUGCUAGACAGUUUGGUGUAAAAACUGUUGAUUUGAAUGACAUUAAUCACAUUGACAUUGCCUUUGAUGGGGUAGAUGAAGUGGAUAUCAAUAAGAACUUAUUAAAGGGUGGGGGAGCUGCCCACACAAUGCAAAAGGUGGUGGACUCCAUGGCGAAAGAAUGUGUAAUAUUGGCAGACCAAUCAAAAGUUGUUGUCCAGCUUGGUAGCACAUUUCCUGUUCCGGUGGAAGUUCUUCCCCCUGCGAUUUCACCUGUUUUGAGGCGGCUUGUUACCCUUGGAGGAGUUCCCGAGAUAAGGUCCGCCUUGAGGAAAGAUGGUCCGGUGAUCACAGACCUAGGGAACAUGGUUGUCGACGUGAGCUUCCCGAAUGGCAUUCAGAACCCCGCUGAGCUCGAGAAAAGCAUCAAUAUGAUCCCGGGCGUAGUUGAAAACGGCAUUGUUUCCGGUAUCGCAACGUCUGUGCUGGUUGCCCUGCAAGAUGGAGAUGAUGUCACGGUGAUGGAUCUGUCGGAAUUUGUAAAGGUUGUCAUCAACUAGUCAGGCGUGACUCAUGAGGAUCUGUUGGAAUUUGUAGAAAUUGUCAACAGCUACAGACGUGACUUUUAGUUAGAUUUCUCAUUGUAGAUUGGGCUUGCUAGUUAGACAGAGGAGAUUUGUACUUAGUAGAUUGAGAUUUCUUAGAUAUGGAAUUUUGUCACUCUUGAGAUUGAGCAGAAUAAAAAGGCCCAGUAAUACAUGGCGCAGUGAGAGUA